AUGGCGCGGAGCGGGCCGGGGCGGUGCGGGCGGCGCGGGCGGCGCGGGCGGUGCGGGCGGUGCGGGCGGGGCGCGCUGCUGGCCUGCGCUGCGUGGACCGCGGGCUGGGUGCUGGCGGCCGCGCUGCUGCUCCGCGCGCACCCGGGCGUCCUCUCCGAGCGCUGCACCGACGAGAAGAGCCGGCGCAUCCUGGCCGCGCUGUGCCAGGAGUACCGGGGCGGGGUGCUGGUGGGGGACCUCUGCGAGGACCUGUGCGUGGCGGGGACACUGAGCUACCAGCGCUGUCUGUACUACGAGAGAGGCAAGAAGGUGCUGCAGGCCGACUGGCGCGGCCGGCCCGUCAUCCUCAAGUCCAAGGAGGAGGCCUUCUCCAGCUUCCAGCCGCUCAGCCUGCCGGACGACGCGGCCGAGGACGGCGGCCAGGACUUCCCGGAGGCCGAGCUGCUGCUGGUGGUGGCCGGUGAGGUCAGGAACGCCCUGGGCCUGGAGCUGCCCAACGGCAGCCUGGGGCCGCUGUGGCCCCGGAGGCGCGGCCGUCGCUGGCUGGGCCAGCUGGCCACCCUGUGGUCCCUGGUCCAGCAGGAGGAGUUCGUUCUGUUCAGCCUGCUGCAGGACCUGAGCCGGCACGCCCCGCCCGUGCUGGGCUCCUGCGGCCACUUCUACGCGGUGGAGUACCUGGCCGCGGGCAGCCCCCGCCACAGGGCCCUCUUCCCCCUGGACGGGGCCGCAGGCGCCCCCCGGGGCGGCCGGGGCCAGGCCAAGGCCAUCAGCGACAUGGCGCUCAGCUUCCUGGACAUGGUGAGCCAUUUCGACGACGACUUCUCCCACCGCCUCCACCUCUGCGACAUCAAGCCCGAAAACUUUGCCAUCAGGAGUGACUUCACGGUGGUGGCCAUCGACGUGGACAUGGCCUUUUUUGAACCCAAAAUGAGGGAAAUUCUCGAGCAGAAUUGCACGGGGGAUGAGGACUGCAAUUUCUUUGACUGUUUUUCAAAGUGUGAUCUGCGAGCCCACAAGUGUGGAGCAGAAAGAGUCAACAGCAACCUGCAGGUCGUCUGUGACAAGAUAUUCCGCCACUGGUUCUCCUCCAGUCUCAGGAGCUCGGCCGUCUCCCUCCCGCUUCAGCUACAAUUGCGGGACGCAGUCCAGGAAUGCGCAGACCCUCGGGGCACCUCCGGCAGCGCCCCGGGAGCCGCCCCUGACGUGUUCUGGAAGCUUCAGCGCCUCCUUCAAGCCACACAGAGGGAACUGCAGGAGGCAGAGAAGUAGCCACUCCCGUGGCCUUGGGUCCCUUCUCUCUAUGUUGGUUCAAGGACGGGACGUUUCCUCUAUGCAAAUGAGUGCACGCGCAGGUGUCGCUGUGGUCCUUCUGGAAUGUGAAAUCGCCGAUGCCCUUCCCACCGCACGCCAGCUGCCCUCAUGUGCGUCCUUCUGUCCCAUCCUGGCUUGACUCGCUCCUGAUGGAGGCCACCGCGCUGGCCUCUGACCUGCCACCCUUUAAAAAUGACACGAAGGAGGCAGGUACAGCGGUUUCCUCUUGGAGGCCUCUUCGUCGGGAAACAGCACAAAUCCCACUCUGAGGAUCGUGCUUGUGCUCACCUGAGAGUCAGGGCUUCCAGCUGUCCUGCCUGCACACGUGCCCGCAUUUAAAAAAAGUACACGUGCGUGCACACGAGCCAGUGUGCGUGUUCGCACGGGAGUGCUCGCGUGAGUGUGCGCACGCGUGCACGAGGACGUGCCUGCCUGAACGAGCGUGAGCAGGGAGCGCGGGAGGCUCCGGGGCAGGGGAAGGGGUGUCCCGUCUGGGACAAGAGGGCUGCCUUUGUUUUGGAAUAAAAUACAAUCAAAACAGAA